UGACAGUGGCAGCUCCCAGGUGUUUACGGGCCAGAACCAGACAUUUCUGAGACCUGACACACCAAACAAUGCCAGCGGUUCAGGCAUGUCUUCCAGUUUUCGACGUGGAGUCUCACCAUCUAUCGACCUGAAGCCCACAGACGUCAACACUAUAGUCAGUGAUAUGUUGAUAGACAAGAAACUCAUCACAGUCGGAGAUUUACUACUGGAAGGAACAUUUGGCCGUAUUUAUAUGGGAACACUAGCUGGAGACAAUCAGAAUGAGGCCAACAAAGAGCAGGAUGUUUUUGUCAAAACUGUUACAAGUCAAGCCACAGCUGACCAGGUGCAGGUGUUUCUAACCGAGUCUGUGCAACUGAAGGGCCUGGUCCAUCCUAACCUUCACAGUCUUCUUGGGGUAUGCCUAGAGACUCCUGAACAACCUCUGGUUGUCUACCCUUGCCUGCAGGAGGGCAACAUGAAAAAAUUUCUGCUCAAAUGUCGCAUGUCUGAAUGUGGAUCUAGAUAUACAUUAAAUACUCAACAACUUGUAUACAUGGCCAUCCAGAUCAUCAGGGGAACUCAGUAUUUACACAGGAAAAAACUCAUUCACAAGGACAUAGCCACCAGAAAUUGUGUAGUUGGGGCAGAGCUGGUAGUCAAAGUCACUGACAACUCCCUGGCCAGAGACCUGUUUCCAGCAGACUAUAAUUGUUUGGGUGAUAAUGAGAACAGACCUGUUAAAUGGAUGGCCAUCGAAGCCAUCAUGCACAAGAGGUUCUCACCUGCCAGUGAUGUGUGGGCAUAUGGUGUCACUCUGUGGGAAAUGAUGACACUGGGACAGCAGCCAUACGCUGAAGUUGAUCCAUUUGAGAUGGCCACAUACUUACAGGAAGGCUACAGGAUAGCAAAACCACACAGCUGUCCUGAUGAACUGUUCUCCCUGAUGGCCUGCUGUUGGGCCUUGACCCCAGAUGAGAGGCCCAAGUUUUCACAGCUCCUGACCUACCUGCAGAACUUCUACAUGGCCCUGGGUAGAUACAUCUAA